AUGGCUGACCUGGAUAAACCCGCCGUUGUUAUCGACCAGGGGGCCUCGGGCAUCCGUGCGGGUAGGUCGCAGGGAGGCUGUGAGUCGUGGCACAGCGUUUUCCAAGCCCUGGGAGUGGGUGCAGAGGGCAGGAGGUUGCUCAUCUGCGAGCCCUUUGGCACCAGCGCUCAUCAGCGGAAGGAGCGCUUGGAGUUGGCCUUUGAAGAGCACCGCGUCUCUGCAGUCUUCAUGCAGCUCCAGCCUGUGCUCACGCUCUACGCGCUGGGCCUGCUGACUGGACUGGUUCUGGACUGCGGCGAGAUGGGGUGCCGGGCGGCCCCUGUGAUAGACGGGUAUGUCCUGCCGCAUGCCUUCAAGAGCCAGGCGGUGGGGGGCCGCCACGUGGCAGCCCGCCUGCUGGACCUGCUGCGAAGGCGGGGGUAUGCACUUAGCCGAGACACUUCCCUGGCAGCCGUCACAGCAGCCAAGGAGAAGCUGUGCUACCUCGCUGUCGACAGGGAGGCCGAGGCAAAGCUGGCCCGGGAGACUACGGUGGGCGUGACCACCUACACGCUGCCAGACGGGCACCGGCUGCGGCUGGGUGCUGAGCGCUUCAUGGCCCCGGAGGUCCUGUUUGAUCCGCAGGUCAUGGGCCUGGAGGCGCCUGGACUGGCCCAGCUGGCUCACGAUGCCAUACAGGCUGCUGACAUCGAUUGUCGGAGGGCUCUGUACCAGCGAAUGGUGCUCGCUGGCGGCGGCUCGCUCUUCCCCGGCUGCUCGGCCAGGCUGGCCAAGGAUGUCAGGACGUUGCAUGCCAGCCUGGCGGGCGUGACAUCCGCAGAAGCCGGGUCAAAGAAGAUGAAGAUCAACGUCGAUGCCGUGCCACGACGGAAACACCUGGUCUUCAUGGGCGCUGCUGCCCUGGCAGACAUCAUGCAGGACCAGGGGGACGCAUGGGUGUCGGCACGGGAGUGGGCAGAGGAUCCCACAAGAGCAGCUGCUCGCUGCGGCUCUAAUUGA